AUGGCUAAGGGAAGUAGAAGACGUCAGGAGGACGAAGACGUUGGGCUCAACGAAGUGGAUGCUUUUUCUGCUAACCGUGAGAAAGUAUUGUUGGAAGCAGCAGGUGAAUAUGGAAGAGUUCGCAGCGAUGAGGACGAAGAUUCGGAAGAAGAAGUCAUGGACAUAGGUGAUGAUGAUGGUGAAGAAGAGGAAGAUGAUGAUAACGAAGUCAGCGGUGUUGAUGAACAUGUUGAAGAAGAAGAGGAAGAAGGGUGGGGAGGAAAGAAGAAUUAUUAUGGUGGUGAAGAAGAUUCGGAUAUCGAAGAUCAACGAUUAAUGACAGAAGAAGCCAUAAAACAGCAAAAGAAGCAUUUAAAAGACCUUGCAAUGGAUGAUUAUGUUGACGAAGACAUGUUGGAAGGUUGGAAGAAAACAACUCAAGAUUUUGAGUCCUCUGGAGGGUCUGGGGUUGCUCAACUUGUAACCACUGCUGAGGGAGGUCGUUCACUUAAUUCACUUGAUGAUAACGAUAGACUCACAAUAUUGAAUACUUCAUUCCCAGAAUUCAUACCACUCUUGAAAGAACUCACACAAUUACAAGCUGUGUUGAAACAAUUAGAUGGAAAAGAACAAACUGAAUUUGUGGUAGUGAAAAGGGUUGCCUUGUCUGCUUAUUUAGGGGCCAUUGCAUCUUAUUUUGCGCUUUUCUCUGAACAAUUGAAGACGGACGAAUCAUUUGUGACAAUGAAAGACAAUGCUGUCAUGGAAACAAUAUUGAGUGCUCGUGAAGUAUGGAGGCAAGCUGGUGAGUUACCAGAUGAGGCCACAACCAAGGUAUCUGAGGACGAUAAAUUUGAAGAUGCUGUUGAUUCCAAUGAUGUGGAUGCUACAUCAGAGAGCGACAUAAUGGAUGCAGAAGUGAACGAUGCAACUUCUAGCGAAGAAGAAGUCGAAGACGAGGACGAGGACGAGGACGAGGACGAGGACGAGAAUGAAGAUUUUGAUAUUGAUGUUUCUGCCAAACGUACCAUUAAGACAAACGGUAGAAAAGGUGCUACUAAUGAUUUUGUUGAAGACGCAGUAGAUGAGGUUGAUUUGGAAGAGAAGAAGCGUAGAAAGAAGUCAUUGCGGUUCUAUACCUCAAAGAUUGAUCAAGCAGCAGCCAAGACCGAUCGUUAUGAAAGAUUCACUGGUGAUUUGGACUUGCCAUAUCAAGAACGACUCUUUGAGAGACAACAACGACUUAUUGAAGAAGCUAGAAAGAGAGGGUUGGGUCAAGAUAAAGAUCAAUUUGGUGAUAAUUUAAGCGAUAAUGAGCAUGGAUCUGAAGACGAAGCCACGGCCAAUAGGGUUAACGAAUCUAUGACUGAUGAUUACUAUAACACCAUAAAGCAUCAGAAACAAGCAAAGAAAGAAGGACGAAAGCAAGCCCAUUCCGAAGCUGUUAAAGCCGCACGUGAGGGUAAAUUGGCAGAAUUACUGGAGAAUAUGGGUGAAGAUGGCAAACGUGCGAUCAAUUUCCAAAUUCUUAAGAACAAGGGUCUUACCCCUAAGAGGAAGAAGGAGAAUAGAAACUCAAGAGUUAAAAAGAGAAACAAGUAUGAAAAGGCAAAGAAGAAGCUUAGAUCUGUCAGACAAGUGUAUUCGGAGCCCAAGGGUCCUUAUGGAGGAGAAAAGACCGGUAUCAAGAAGGGAUUAUCAAGAUCAGUCAAAUUGGUUUAG